CUCGCAAACAUGGCGAAGCUCGAACCUGCGACCGACAUCGAUCCCAAUGUCUGGUAUCAUAUGACAGAGGAGAAUGUGGACGAUUACGAUGGGGACUUCAAUUCGAUGCUACAGACGUGGCAGGACGGGGAUUUCAGGGUGUUUCCUGUGGCCAAGAGGAAGACAUACUGGCAAUUUUGCGCCCAGCAACCGAUAGGCAAGAUACCUGGCCGAUACGCCCUUCGAUGUUCCGAAACCACGACACAAAAGCAGUUUGCCGUCUGCUACCGCCCAAGCGAGUCGGUCGAGAAUAGGCGAACACGCGCUUGCCUACGAAACAGCGAUGGAAGCGAUGGACAACAAUGGGAUGUAGCACUAUGGGGAAAGAAUGACACGUACCGCUUCAUCAACGUACACAACGGCAGCAAAUAUCACCUCGACGUCAUCCCAAGUGGUCCGGUGUACAUGAGCCCAAACCUUGAUGGAUACCAAAGGCGGCAACGGUGGCUCAUGACGAGCGUGAGCAACGUGGACGACGCAGCGUACAGUACCGUCUUUUCGAACGUAAGUCAAACUUCCCCUGCUCCCGAGUCAACUGCCGAUUCAGCGACGACAACAGGCGAGUCCGGCAACCAAACAGGUCAACCCGGCACGGAUUCUGGCGGCUCUGAUAACAGUAGCCUUUCAGGCGGUGCCAUCGCGGGUAUCGUCGUUGGAGCAGUGCUUGGUGUUCUUGCGAUUGCGCUUGUAGCGUUCUUCCUCUGGAGACGGAGAAAACGGCAGGCUGAGGCAGCUCCCGCGUCCGCCCAAGCUCCGCCGUACCCUCAGUCACCUGAUGGUUAUAAGCCAGAAACAUCAUCACCGACGCCAGUCUAUGAGCUGCCAAAUAACCAAAACCCAGCUGAACUGCCCGCACAUCAUUGA